AUGUGGAUCAAUUUCUUCAAACUACGGCUUUUCUGCUGCCUGCUUGCAGUGCUGAUGGUGGUGGUGUUGGUCAUCAAUGUUACUCAGGUGGAGUACUUGGACCAUGAGACUGUUUCAGCCACAUUCAUCGACAGCAGUGGACAGUUUGUUUCCUCCCAGAUGACAAGAAUUAGCCGGAAUCCUUACUGUGGCUAUGAGCAUCAGACUCUGUCCAGCCGGGAGCGCACGGAGGAGGACUCCCUGCUGGCUGCCUUACAGUGGCAGGUGCCUGAUGUGGGUCCAGUCCCCUUUGUGAAGAGCACUGACCCUUCUUCCAGCUACUUUGUUAUCUUGAACUCCGCAGCCUUCUUCAAGGUGGGAAGCCAGCUAGAAGUGCUGGUUCAUGUGCAGGAUUUUCAAAGAAAGCCCAAGAAGUAUGGUGGAGACUACCUGCAGGCCAGGAUCCACUCCCCUAAGCUGCAGGCAGGGGCUGUGGGCAGAGUGGUAGACUACCAGAAUGGGUUUUACAAGGUCUUCUUUACUCUGCUCUGGCCAGGCAAAGUUAAAGUGUCCAUAUCUCUGGUCCACCCCACUGAGGGGAUCAGAGUUCUUCAGCGCCUGCAGGAAGAGAAACCACACAGAGUCUAUUUCAAGAGUCUCUUCCGUUCAGGAAGAAUUUCUGAAACCACUGAGUGCAAUGUGUGUCUUCCUGGGAGUCUUCCCCUGUGUAACUUUACAGAUGUCUAUACUGGAGAGCCCUGGUUCUGCUUCAAACCAAAGAAGCUCCCUUGCAGUAGCAGAAUUAACCAUUUCAAAGGUGGAUACCUGAAGGGCCUCCUAACUGCUGCAGAGACCGCUUUCUUCCAGAGUGGUGUCAAUAUCAAAAUGCCAAUCAACUCCAGCGGACCUGAUUGGGUGACUGUGAUUCCCAGGAGAAUAAAAGAAACCAACAAUCUAGAACUAUCUCAUGGCUCAGGAACUUUUCCUUCUGGGUAUUAUUAUAAAGAUCAGUGGAGGCCCAGAAAGUUUAAGAUGCGCCAGUUUAAUGACCCUGACAACAUUACAGAAUGCUUACAAAGAAAAGUGGUGUAUUUGUUUGGUGACUCAACAAUCAGGCAAUGGUUUGAAUACCUUACUACGUUUGUUCCAGAUUUAGUGGAGUUUAACUUGGGUAGUCCCAAGAAUGUGGGUCCCUUCCUUGCGGUGGACCAGAAGCACAACAUCCUGCUCAAAUAUCGCUGCCAUGGUCCACCCAUCCGUUUUACAACUGUCUUUAGCAAUGAGCUUCAUUAUGUGGCAAAUGAACUGAAUGGCAUCGUGGGAGGGAAGAACACAGUGGUUGCCAUAGCUAUAUGGUCUCAUUUCAGCACCUUCCCUUUGGAAGUGUAUAUCCGGCGGCUCAGGAAUAUCCGUCGAGCAGUGGUCCAGCUCCUGGAUCGAAGCCCUAAGACUGUGAUAGUCAUCCGGACAGCCAAUGCCCAAGAGCUGGGGCCUGAAGUGAGCCUUUUCAACAGUGACUGGUACAACUUCCAGCUGGACACCAUCCUUCGGAAGAUGUUCUCAGGGGUUGGAGUGUAUCUUGUUGAUGCCUGGGAGAUGACCCUGGCUCAUUAUUUACCCCACAAGCUACAUCCAGAUGAAGUUAUUGUGAAGAACCAACUGGACAUGUUCUUGUCCUUUGUGUGCCCCUUGGAGACCUAG